AUGGCUCCGCCUGCAACUCCCGUGGCCGUCUCGGCGCCUGGCAAGGUGCUUCUGGCCGGCGGCUACCUCGUCCUGGACCGCGAGUACACGGGUCUCGUCUUUGGCCUCAGUGCCCGCAUCAACGUUGUUGCCCGCAGCAUCCCCACCAGCCCUGGUGUCCAGCUCAACGAGAUUGUUGUCGACAGCCCUCAAUUCCUCGAGGCUCAGUGGCGAUACGGUUACCACCUGGCCCCUGAGAGGGGUGGCAUCAAGGUCACUCAGUUCCAGGUCGGCUCAAAUAUCAACCCCAACCCCUUCGUGGAGACGACGCUGAACUACGCCCUCACAUUCAUCUCAACCCUGGCACCCACGAACCAGUCUUUCGCAGCAGCCAGAUUCACCGUCCUGGCCGACAACGACUACUACUCCCAGCCACACUCAUCCUCCGCUGCGGACACGGCCAAGAAGAAUCCAACCCGCUUCGCCAAGUUCCCCACGACCCUGCGCGACGCGCACAAGACCGGCCUGGGCUCCUCCGCGGCACUCGUGACCUCCCUGACCGCCGCCUUGCUCACCUACUACCUGUCCCCGUCCGACUUUGACCUCGCCACGCCUCAGGGCCAGCGGACCCUGCACAACCUCGCGCAGGCCGCCCACUGCGCGGCGCAGGGCAAGGUCGGCUCCGGCUUCGACGUGGCCGCCGCGGUCUACGGCAGCUGCAAGUACCGGCGCUUCUCGCCGUCGAUCCUCAAGGGCCUGCCCGAGGCCGGGAAGCCGGGCUUCGCGCCCGCGCUGUUCGAGUGCGUCACCCAGGCCGAGUGGGACACGGAGAUUGCCAAGGAUGGCGUCUCCCUCCCCGCCGGCGUCGCGCUGCGCAUGUGCGACGUCGACUGCGGUAGCCAGACGGUCGGGAUGGUCAAGAAGGUGCUCGCGUGGCGCGAGCAGGACAGCCAGGCCGCCAAGACGCUCUGGGACGACCUGCAGGCGUCCAACGAGAAGCUCGGCGCCACCCUCAAGGCCGGCGAGGUCGAGAGCAUCAGCGGGGCCGUGGCCUCGGUGCGCGAGCUGAUCCGCGCCAUGGGCACGGGGAGCGGCGUGCCCAUCGAGCCCGAGUCCCAGACCGCGCUGCUCGACGCGCUGCAAUCCGUCGAGGGCGUGCACAACGGCGUCGUGCCCGGCGCGGGAGGCUUUGACGCGCUGGCGCUCGUCAUGAAGGAUGACGCCGAGACCGAGAAGCGGGUCAAGCAGUUUCUGGAGACGUGGAGCGCCGACAAGGGUGGUGUCGUGAGGAUGCUCGACGUCAAGGGCGAAAUGGAGGGCGUGAGGAGGGAAAGCCUAGACCAGUACGACGGGUGGGUACAGUAG